GUGCAAAGAGUAAACAACGCUCUGUGAUUUUGGAAAUCGUGUUUUGCUUAUUUUGAAAACGUGCGCGCAUAAACAACCGUUGACGUUUCGACUGAUCUUCUCGAGGGUGGAUUAUUACAAAUCAUGUCUGUUAAAACGAUUGCACCACCGCAAACUUACUCGCGGCUGUUCCGACCUUGGGAUGGUGCCGCGAAUAAACUAGGAUCAAGUCCUAGUAAAUCCAGUGAUUGUGGCAGUGAAGAAAUGAUUAAAAGUGAACCUUACGAACUAAGUGUUAGCUCUCGCUUGGAUAUGGAAAGUCCUGUGUCUUCUGAACCCAAGUCACCGGCGUUCAGCCCUAUGAAGUUACCGCUACCAGAAACUCCCGAAUUGGAUAUGGGAGCCGCUUUCCUUGGACAUCCUGCGGAUUUGGCUUCUUAUUAUUACUACUACAGUCAGCAGAAGCUCGGAGUUGAUUUGCUUCCACCAGGGUUCAACUUUUCCGGAUUACCAAUCGAUCCGUUGACGUACGAACAAAUGGAACAGGAAUACUUCCGAGUGCUCAGUGAAGAUGCGAAAGCCAAAUUGCUCAGCAGUCGCAAACAGCGACCGAAAAAGUUCAAGUGCCCCCAUUGCGAUGUUGCCUUCUCGAACAAUGGCCAACUGAAAGGUCACAUCCGCAUUCACACUGGAGAACGUCCGUUCAAGUGUGACGACCUCGGCUGCGGCAAGACCUUCACCCGUAACGAAGAGCUGACCCGGCACAAGCGAAUCCACACGGGAAUCCGGCCCUACGCCUGUCAAACUUGCGGAAAGAAGUUUGGCCGUCGGGAUCACCUGAAGAAGCACACCAAAACCCACAUGCCUCAGGAGCGGUACACGUACGGGUUGGCUCCGGUGCCGGCGGCCAUGCUGAUGCCAAUGUACUCGGCGGCGGCGGCCGCUGCGACACAUUUGUACGGUUACUGAUGAGAUGUGCGAAUGUGUUAGCAGGGCGCGGAAAUUGUUAUAAGUGAUAUGUUGGGACCAGUGAAUAUAUUAGGCUUAGUUGGGGAAAGGGUUUGGACUAUUUUUGAGAGAUGAAUUUAUGACUGAAAACAAUAUUUUGUGUAAAAAUGAACACUUGGAUAGUUUUAUAGUAUUUUAUGACGAAAAUAUAAAAACCAAAUAGUAAAAAA